AACUAUUAUGUCUCGUGCAGCAAAACCCCAUGGAAUGAUGCUGAUAGACUUAAAAGAUCAUAUUAGAGAUCUCUGUGAAGCUUUACUGAAGGAACGAUGUGUCUUCAGCUCCAGAACUCUGGAGAUUUCAGCCUACAGGAAACUUAAGACCGAAUACAACAAGUGGUCCUGGAGUCUCUGCAAUGCCAUGAUGGAAACUGAGAACAAACUACACAACAAAAUAGAAAAUUAAGCAAUUUAUAAGUUUGAAGAAACUGAUCUACAAAGAGAACUGAAGAAGACAAGUGAGGAAGUGAAAAACUCAGUGUCAGGAUUCUUUGAGAAAGACGCUGAUAUAUUGGUUCAGUGGAAAAAAUCAUUUGACGUAAACAUUAAAGAGAUUCAGGAAAACAUUGUGAGAGAAACAAAGAGGAAAUUAGAUGAGAUUCUUCAGCAGCGAGACCUGAAGAAAAAGAUUGAUGCUCAGAAGACACAUCAUGAAAACACUCUCUAUGAAAAGAGCAAAGAACUUGCCUUAAAACUCAAAGACAAAACAAAUGAUGAACAAACACUGAAGAAGGAAUUUGAUUCAUUUUGGGAAAAGAGUGUGGACAGGAUUAUCUCAGACACUCCUCAAAUUAAAGACACUGACAUAAUGAAAGAUGUGAGAGAGAUCCUCAAAACCAUCUAUAGAAGUGCUCUUGUGUACAAUUGCAGUGAGAGCUAUGAUAUUUUUACUGUGUCGACUUACUCUCAAUAUGUUAUUUUCAGAAAAUCCACAAAAACAGUUAUAGAAACAUGUGGAUUUGAUCAAAGUCUUUAUCCAGAAGAUGAAGCCCAAAUAAGAUCAUUAGUCACAGAUGUUGAACAGCAGACAGACAAAAUGAUUCAGUCAUUUAACAUUUCAAAGAUGGGCUACAACAUCAGCUGCAUUCAACAACUCACAGGUUACAUCAAGACAAGAGUAACAGAUCAUCAGAAAAGACAAGUGAAAUAUGUGUUCAAGAUUGAUUUCUUCAUGGAUUUGGUUCUUUCCAUCAGUAAAAGGGCAAACAAGAUGAUCACUGACCAACACAGACUCUUCAGAGAUGCCAAUGAUCCUAAGAUAUAUGUAGAGAAGAAAAGAGAAGAGUACUAUAGUAUUUUCCAGAAAUACUGUCAUGGAGCAACAUCACCUGCCAUUUUUGGUGAGAUCAUCUGUCAGAAACUUAAAGAGCCCAUUGAGCAGAGUGUCUACAAGAAGACUGCCAGAGAUCUGACGGAUGAAAUGAGAUCAAACUGUGAAUCACUGAAUGGAAGCGGAUCAAAUCUGGAGAAACACAUCCUGAAGACACUGGCAGAAGAGGAGGAUUUUAGCAAAUACAUGAACUACAUUCAUAACCCCAGAGAUCACUUCAAGAGUUUCAUCAGAGAUGAAGUCAGUUGGUACAUCACUGAUAAGUUCAGUGUCAGUGUUUUACCCAAGAUGAAGGAGAACAUUAAACUCCUGCAGCAGAAGAUCAUGAAAGCAGCACAUGAAUCUACUGAACAUGUUCAAGUGAACAGAGGAGAUGUUGGUUUGUGGUUGAAGAGUUUCACACAGCAGCUCUCAGAUGAGCUGAUCUUCUCUGAAAAAGACCUCAGUGGAUUGAAACAUGAUGAUGUUCAUGAUUUCAACCUUCUAGAAGAUGUGAUAAGAGAAGAACUUCCUGCUAUAAUGUCUGAUAUCAGCAGUAGAUUUAACACAAAGACUUUUCCUGUAAAUCUGGACUACAAGUUCAGACCAGAUGAGCUUCUGAUUGAUCACUUCUGCCAGUCCUGUUGGGUUCAGUGUCCGUUUCGUAAAGCCAUCUGCACCAACACCAUAAAAAACCAUCAUGGAGAUCACAGUGCUCCUUUCCACAAAGUGAGAGGAAUUAAUGUAAAGCAUUUCCCUCAAGCACAGUAUCUCUGUGCUGUUAUUUGCACAAAAUUAGUGGCAAGUGAUCAGGAUUUCUAUGUACCAGAUGGAAGGUUCCCUUCUAGAGAUUACAGAAGAGCAGGAGGAGUUUAUGAAGACUUGAGCAUCACCUAUGAUCUCUCUGAACUGCCCUACUGGAAGUGGUUUGUGUGCAGAUUUCAGAAAGAUCUGGAAAAACACUACAGUAAAACAUUUGAGGGGAGUUUUAAGAUAUCAGAUGAAUGGAGAAAAUACUAAAAACAGAAUGCUAUUGAGUGUUUGGGUCAAUGUAUCUAAUGGAGCAGAUAGUGAAUGAGAAUCUCACUUUUCCUAUUAGAUUCUCCUCAGAUCACAGUCAGAAAUGAGUUUCUAUCACAUAUCAGGAAGAAUCUGUACUCAUCUCCAUUCAUGGAGAACUAACAGUGUACACUGGAUACAAGAGCUUUGAAAACAAUAUUCAAUCUUAAAGAGGAGCUACAAAAAUACCAAAAAGAUUUACAUUUUUGAAAUUUGAUUUUAGACAUUUUUAUUGAAGAUUUAUUGAACAUUUAACAAAACAAUGUUAUUGUGGCGCAUUUUAUAGCUUUGCAUUUUUUUUCUUUAUGUUUGGAUGUUAAAUUGCAGAUAUUCAAAUUAAUAAAUGAGCUUAAAGUUAUUGGGAUUAUAAAAGUAUCUGUAGAAAUACAAACAAAAGCAUAAUUUAAAGCAACUUUAUGUAGUUUUGUGUAUUUUAUCAACAUUACUGCCCCCUACAGUUAAUGACAAGUUGUCAUUUGCUGGAAUUCACUCUUGAUUUACACCAUAUUUAAUUUUUAUGCAUAAUCGAAGUAAGUGUGCCAUUAGAAUGAUUUUGACACUGAUAUGUCAAGGUAAACAACUUGUAUAAAGUUGCUUUAAUGAGAUUUAAGCAUAAUCCGAUUUUAAACAUCUCAUAAAUGUUAUUACAUAAUAUUGUGAUCAGUACAUCUAAUGAUUCAUGUGCUUGUAUAAACAAUGUCUUCCAG